AUGUCUGAUGCAAUUCCUUCUACAACUGCUGACCCAGAUGCCGUCGAAAAAGGCCUCCCCGCAAACGCCGAAGACCGCAAGGCCGCAGCCGCUCUCUCCUCCCUGAACACGAAUGAGAUCGCAACGGAGGGUGUCUCCACUGGAGCACCACUUACUGCAGACCAAGAGGCUCUUGGAAGAGCAAUGAGCCGACUCGAGAUAGCUGCUGGGAAAGAUGCAGGCAACAAGCAGACGUCUGAGGGACUGAAGACUGAUGGGGCGGUGAAAAAGAAGACAGUCAAGGUCGCUCCAGCUGAUGUUACACUGCUGGUUGACCAGCUGGAUUUGAAUAAGACCAAGGCCACGGAGUUGCUUAAGGCUCAUGAUGGGGAUGCCGUCAAGGCAAUGAAGGCAUUCAUUGCCCCGUCUAUUCGGGCGUGA